UUUACAUGGUAUGUAGGUAAGGGGAGGAGAACCAUUACCUGGAACAGAAAGGUAAGUAGGACAGGUAUCACACAAGCCACAGUAUUUCCUGUCCUCAGAACAGAGGACAGGUACUGCCUGUGUGGGUGGGGGAGAGAUUCUAACCUGGAAAGAGGAGGAGUAAUAUUUGGGAAGGAUACCACGAUAUACCUUUGAUCAGUAUACAUCAUGUUCCUACCUCUGCUCAGCUGAAUCUCACCUGCUCAUCCAUGGAACCUCCACCGGCAUAUCCUGGUUCUCCAUAUGCACCCUAUCCAUCUGUUCCUCACCAACCUGGGAACCUUGGUACCCACUAUCGACCAUAUACCAUACAACCAGGACCUCCUCAGCCCCACUAUGUUAUCAACAGACCCCCAUCCAACAAGGUGUCGUUGUUCUCCUGUCUGUCCAGUCGUGGGGCCAGCAUAUUAAUCCUCCUUGUUAUCACGAUUGUGCUUGUUGGAUUGGGGCUGAUCGCUGCAUAUAAACUAAAUGCAUUCAAUGGCUCCUCUUCAAGUUCCUCAAUUCCCAGGGAGCAAUGUUUUCCCAACAAAACUCUUUGUAAUGGAGUGGCCGAGUGUUCACGAGGAGGAGAUGAGAUGGGAUGUGUACGAUUCAGAUGGGAUAAUUCCUUGCUCCUGGUCAUGUCUCGUAAGAGAGAGAACCUCUGGCUGCCUGUAUGCUCCAGUGGGGUUAAUGACAACUUCCCUUCAUUUGUGUGCCAACGCUUUGGUUUCCAGGAAAAUCCAAAAAAAAGUCUGGUGGCCAUGAAUGACAACCCACAAAACAUUGGAAUGGUCAGCACUGGGGCAUCAGACACCAUCCAUGGCAGUCUAGACAGUGCACCUUGUCCUUCUGGUCAGUACCUGGCUGUAAGAUGUUCAGACUGUGGAACCAGAAAGAUGAGUAGAAUUAUCGGAGGCACAGAGGCUAGUGUGGGAGAGUGGCCUUGGCAAGUCAGUCUCCACCAGCAGUCAGGAGUCCGAUUUACACAUGUCUGCGGUGGUACUCUCAUCAACACCCAAUGGGUGCUUACCGCAUCUCACUGCUUUACUGAGACAGCAGCUCCUAGCCAUUGGAGAGUUUAUGCUGGAGCUGUCAAACUUUAUAACCUCCGUGCUGUCUCUGCUGUCUCAAGCAUUGUUCGACAUGAGGAUUAUCAUUCGGAUACUGAUGAUUAUGAUGUUGCACUUAUGAAGCUGAGGGAACCCUUUACUUUAUCAGCUGGUAUCCAGCCUGCCUGCCUACCCAUGACGGGUCAGACCUUUAACCCAGAUACCAAAUGCUGGAUCAGUGGAUUUGGUAAAACGGCAGCAUCUUCUGAUGAGACUUCCAGUGUCCUGAUGGAUGCAGAGGUUUCAAUUAUCAGCACAGAUGUUUGCAAUAGUGUGAAUAUUUACCGUGGAGCGAUUACUUCAAGAAUGAUGUGUGCUGGGAAACUGGCAGGAGGAACAGAUUCUUGCCAGGGAGACAGUGGUGGACCACUAGUGUGUGAGCAAAGCGGACGUUGGUAUGUUGCAGGGGUGACAAGUUGGGGAACUGGCUGUGGAGAAAGGAAUAAACCUGGUGUAUAUACCCGCGUUACUGAGGUCCUGCCAUGGAUUUAUACCAAGAUGGAGCUGGAGAGAAAUCGAUGACCACAGAGCACCGAUGGGAAAGACAAAAAGGACUUGCCCCUGAUGUGACUGUACUGUUAUGUAUCAAAAAAUUUUGACUGGGCAAAAGGACAUUAUGGGCUUCCCAGCAAAAUGCAACAACAUAAUGCAGGGUCACCCCAAUAAUUUCAUAAGGUUGCAGUGGAACAAAAGCAACAAAUACAAACUGGACACAGGACCUUGAAGACCAUGCGUGCGCUGCAUCUGGACUUGGGCACUCAUUGAACCAUAUUAAUAGAGAAGUCAGCUGUAUUAUGCACAUAAAUUAUAUAUUUUAAGCAACAAUAUAGAGAACACAGAUACAAAAAGAUGAGUCGUUGAACAAAAUGAGUUGCAUUGAUCAAUAUGCGCUACAGAAGGUUGCAACCUAAAGUAAUAAGCAGAAGCCAGAGUGCUAAGUGAACUAGAGGAAGGUUUAUAUAGCUCAAUAGGAAGAGUCUUAUUGACUUAAAUAUUAGUUCCAUGUAAUCUUCAGUAGUCAGCCACCAUAGGCUAUUGUCCGACAACACCUAUAGUGCCACAUUAGCCAAAGAAUGGCUGAACGUUGUGAGAGUGGCAUCUAGAAGUACUUGUGUUGCCCGUGCCUGAAAUAAUGACAGUACUCGCAUGGGACAUUUGGAAGUGAUUUAUAGAGGUGGCAGGAGUACUGAAACCAUAGAAUGCACUUUGUUCAAUCGAGAAAAAAUAUCUGUUUGUUUAAAGCCUAUUAACAUCUUUUU